GGAGGACCGAGCACAGACCUCAGACCAGCCCACCUCACCUCCUUGUCGGUCGCUCCUCAGCCCGGUGCCCUUGGACAAAUCCGACCGUGGAUCAGCUCCCUCCACACACACCCACCCUCACACCGACCGGGACUCAGCCCAGAGGAAACCUCGUUCCUCGGCAGCAGCAGGCGGCUCCUCACCGGCGGAACAAGACGCGUCCACAGCGGAGCAGCACGGGCGAGCGAGCGGACGGAGCGAGGACACAGACCCCGGGGUGGACUGGAACCUGGAGCGAGCGAGGGGGGCUUUUGAUUAAAAAAAAAACCCAGAAAACCCCGUGAGGCUUCCACCGAACAGACGAGAGCCACCGAUUCCCCGACAUUUAUCUAUAAUCACCCCGAGGAGCGAGCUCCCGGAGCCGCGUCUACACCGAGGAGCUAGCGGAAUGUAAUGCUAGCGACCUGGCUAACGUUAGCUAGCUAAUUAGCUCGUCAGGGGGAUCCAGGAGUCGGACGUGUGGUCUUUAUUAAAAAACGGGGGUAGGGGGGGUGGUGGUGGGGGGGUGUCCCGGUUCACUUUGUUUCUUUAGGUUGGUGGGGGGGGGGAGAAGUGUUCGUUAACGUGCCCGGUGCUGACUCCCGCUUGGGGCCAGUAUGGUUUUUUUUUUUUAGCUCGAACCCGCUAAAAGCUAAGUUAGACAAUUAAACUGUAAAAUCUGAGGGACAAUCUCCGGACGCGUCUGGAUCCAUUGUGAGCGUCGACAGGGACGGACCGAGGGAAACGAGGCCAAUUUACACAGAAAGACUUUUUCUCUCCCCCCCCCACCCACCCCCUGACUGGUGACUGUCCGCCGUCCGAUGUUAAUGUCGACCGACGUUGCCUCCAUAAUGCUGCCCGUUAGUCGGGGGAUCAUGGAUCGGGAGAGGGAGCUCGACGCGGCCGCCGGACCCCUCGCCAACGCGCCCGGGGGUCCGGCAGCUGUCCGGGCGACGAAGCGAGGGGACCCGGAGCCCGACGCGCAGACACCCGCCGCCCCACUCACCGACCUGCCCGGGGCGGAGUGCAAGAGACCGAGGAUAGACGGGACCGGGGCUGUUGUUGCUGACAUUGGCCAGAACAAUGAGCCUUUAAACCCUGGUUUCCAUGGAUACCCAGCUCUCACUCAGGGCUCUCAGGAUUCGACAGGAGGACAGGAGGGUCUGGUGGCCCCACCCUUCGCAGCAUUCCCCCCUCCACCCCCACCUCAGAACGGGCUCCCGGGGACGGAGUUUGUUCCGGGGGCCAUGUUUGGCGCUGGGGGCCCAGGAACAGUAGAGGUGGGGGUUGGCGCUGAUGGAACAGCCACUGCAGCCAUCAUCAACAACAGCAACAGCGUAAAGGCAGAAGAGGAAUCACAGGGCGAGGCGGGGGUGCAGUGUGGUACCGGAGGCACCGGAGCGGGCGGCUCCACCGGCGACCCCUCGGAGGCCAAAGGGACCCCCAAACGCCUCCACGUCUCCAACAUCCCCUUCCGCUUCCGGGACCCAGAUCUCAGGCAGAUGUUUGGGCAAUACGGGAAGAUUCUGGAUGUAGAGAUAAUUUUCAAUGAGAGGGGUUCAAAGGGCUUUGGCUUUGUGACGUUUGAGACCAGCGCAGACGCAGAGAAAGCCAGGGAAAAGCUCCACGGCACAUUGGUGGAAGGUCGUAAGAUUGAGGGGACAGGUGACAGUCUGAAGGUCCAAAAGGAAAGAUGUAAAAGAGUGAAUAACGCCACCGCCAGGGUGAUGACUAACAAGAAAAUGGUCAGCCCUUACCCUAACGGAGAGGCUCUCAGCACACUGCCUUACGCGGGUUGGAAACUGAGUCCGAUGGUGAGCGCCAUGUACGGACCCGAGCUGUACGCAGUCCCCGGGUUCCCCUACUCUUCAGCAGCAGCGGCAGCCACAACAGCGGCGGCAGCGUUCCGCGGCGCCCACCUUAGAGGCCGGGGUCGGCCCGUCUACAGCACCGUACGGGCCGCUGUGCCUCAGCCCACCCUCCCUGCGUACCCUGGCGUGGUGUAUCAGGAUGGGUUUUACGGAGCUGCGGACUUGUAUGGAGGCUACCCUGCUGCUGCUGCCGCUGCCGCCGCCGCUUACCGCUACGCCCAGCCGACAGCCGUAGCUGGAGCAACCGCCGCUGCUGCCGCCUACAGUGACAGUUAUGGCCGGGUUUACACUACAGAUCCAUACCACGCGUUAAGUCCAGCUGCUGCUGCUUACGGAGUCGGAGCCAUGGCCAGUUUGUACCGGGCAGGAUACAGUAGGUUCGCUCCGUACUAGAAACCACAAAUCACACCCAAGGAAUUCCACAUCGCUCCAAAACACUUUUUCAAGCUCUUCGUUUGGCCGGAGCUCCCCUCCAGUUUUCUGCAGGUGGACGAUCGUGACAACUCAUGUGUUUUUUUGGGGUUUUUUUGUCUUUGUGUGGCGAGAGAGGUCAUCGCCACAUCAUCAACUCCAACUCUGUUUCCACUGUCUGUCGCUCACAUGGAGACAAUGGGGGAAAAAAAGAAAAAUAAAUAAAAACCAGGAGCGUCUCUCACAUAACAAGCUGGAGGCUUCGACUCUGAUCUACGUGGCACAAUUUAGAAACACUACAGGACCUGGAGGGAGACGACUGUUCCUGUGUGAAUCCUGAACUCUACACCCCCUUUCCCCUCUGAACUCUCAGUAUAUCCACUGCCCUAUAAGACCUGAUCCCACCUAUAUACACAUACUUUACAUUUACACUCAACACCCAAGUAUACAGCUUCCUCUAGUUUACAUUCUCCUUUUUACGUUGACCUGCACAGAACGAGAGAACUGCCACGGCAUCACUAUAAAAAAAAAAAGGUACUUCUGUUUUUAAACACUACAUCGAUGUAAAAGCGGCGCUCUCAGAGAAGAGGCGUCCCUCUGGUUUAACUUUGUGGUAGAGGAAUGGGAAAAAAAAACUAAAGAAUGAAACGGCUCCACACGGAAAAGAAAUAUGGUUUUGUAAAGCUGGAGACGCAGAUUUCAGCUGGAGGGGAACGACUGACAGAAACCACUGUUGUCCUGGUAACGCCGAACUCUACACGGGGGGGGAAUAUCCUUUAUUUUGUCAUUUCCCAACUUCCCCAUCAAAUGUAAAAGGAAAUAAAAAAAAACACACACGAAAUAAUGUUUAAAAAAAAAAAAGAAUUUAGAAAACGUGAAAAAGGACAAGGAAAAAAAACCAAGUGACUUUUGUUUAUUCUGCAAUACCUCAGUUUUUCUUUGGAUUAUGUUUUUCGCCGCCAUCGAUAAGAAGUCGCGUAGACGUGUCAUUAAAUAUCUACAUCACGUGGACGUGUUAAAGCUGUCCAUCAUGUUCAGUGACAGACUCACUCGCCUCAAUCAUUUUAUCACUACAAGUGCAACACUAAGACGGGACGCGCCGGCUCCAGCUGGGAACCGACCCCGUGUCUGUCUCUGUCCAUUUUGGGAAUCCGGCACACUAUCCCCCCCCCCCCACCUCCUCAGAGGUUCGACCUUGAUCUGCUCGUAGUACUUCUUCCAAAAAAGGACUCGCUGCCUUUCUCUCCGCGUCCCCGUCGGACGGAAUAAGAACCGUCGGAACACAAACAAACAAACUAGAUUUAGCGAAGCAGAUCUGAAGCGGAGUGGGGGGGGGGACACCCACAUGGGAGAGUAAAUCAUCCGCCAGUCAGCCAACUGGGAACCCCUCCUGGCCAACUGAGAUAUUUAUGCCCGUAGGCUGCUCCCUGUGUGUGUGUUUGCGUGUGUUUGUUUGUGUGUGUGUGAUCUCAACUCAGCAGAACACUAGAUCCCUAUAGAACAGCCCAGAGGAGAACACGGCGAAUCAAAGUCGACGUCGCAAACCGUGUAAUAGAGUCUUGAAGUAAUGAGAAGUUUCUAUUUAUAUCCAUUGUUUUCACUCGUCCACAAUCAUUUUUAAAUCCAUCACGCUCUCUGAGAGUUUCUGCUCGGAAUACUUUUAAAGUUCUCUUCACCGGGCCUGUCACUCUACAGACCCGGUCUCUGUCCUAUGUAUUACAUCUCCAUAUACUCUCACUAUGUUGUUAUUGAUAUUAUUUUGUUUUUGCCUUUUUUUGGUUCCAAAGAUUUUACUGAAGAAGCACAUUUUUGGUCCUGAUGUAUUUCAUAUUUUUGUGGUUGCCUUUUUUUGUUUUUGUUUUUUGCCUUUAACUGUAUGUUAUGUUGUGUAUCUGUGGGUAGAAGCUGUAUCUUUCAGUACAGUGUCGAAACAGCACCCAGGGAAAAGUCACUGACGCUCCAAAAAGACAGAGGAAAUGUCGGAAGUAUUGCAGCAAUUAGGGAAUUCUGAACGUUGGUUUUGCUCCGGACACUAAUUUAUUGUCUCUCUCUCUCUCUGUUUUUGUUUUUAAAUGAACACAUGAAAACCGCUGUAGCUGCAGACAAGAGAAAUCAGAGCAGAUGGAGACGUGAGGGAUUUGCAGAAAUGCGGAGGUAGACACGUGAGGAGGUUUUGCGUUGGGGUUUGGCAGCCGGGCCAAAUGACAGGCAAAGUAAAUGUGGGAGAAAUGUCCGCACAAUGAGGAAAGGGCCCUGUUGCCCAGCAGUGGCCACCUUUUUAGAACAAUGGAACAAUGCGGUGAGUCGAGGGACAUUGUGGCAGUGAAGGUGAGAAGCUGAGCCGUUUAUCAUUAGCUGACAGGACAACAACAUCCCCUGCCGUCUGUUCUUUUUUAGUUUUCCAGGGGGGAUACAGUGCGCUCAGGGCGGAGCGGACAGUGUGAGGAGGGCUAAUGUUGUUUUGUAUGAUUGUGAACUGUGUGCAGUAGGUCCAAUAAGUAUUUUCAAUGCCCAUUACCUCUUUUUUUUUUUGUCUUAUUCUCCCUUACAAGUAUUAUCAUACGUGUUGCUAUGCAUGCUUUUUCUGAGAGAGGAAGGGUGUCGGUCAGAGAAUCUUUUCGUUUGUGCAUGAAUUCAAAUCAUAGUGCUGGAGGAGGACUGGUGUGGCGUUUACAUAGCAGGAGGAAGGCCGUUAUGUAAAGUGAGGUGACGCGAGUGAUGGAGGAAUCUCAGUGAAGGUCCAGCACAGUGUCUGGGUGGGGGAGGGGGGGGAGAGGCAAGCGCCUGCGGUCGCUUUAUGGAACUUGAUUUGGUCCACUUCGAUAAUCUGGGUUAUCUCCGCUCUGCGCCUCUGUGGUCGUCGUGAUUAUCACCAGUCGCGGCAGAUGUGUAAAGUUUAAUUUGGCGUGUCUGGACCCCUGUGGUUCGCUUUUUAUAACGAAGGUAAAUCUCAAAUUAAAACGACGACGACGACACCGGGCCCAUCAGAACCAUAAUUCUGCCUUAAGCUUGUCUGUUAAGAAAUGUUUGUGCGCCGAGACGAGGCCGCUGUCGUCUACAGAGAAUUAUUGAGAACGUGCCCGUGGAGAGAAGCUCAUUUAGCAACGUCUCCACCUCACCUGCCCAGUCGGCAGAAGCUGGUGUGGAGGGGGGGGUGUACUGGGCGUCUGUGGUGCAGCUGCCGCGACUCCUCUGCUUGGUUUUGUCUCCUCAAACUGGAGUAAAUCUUCUUUGCAAGGCUGCGAAACAACAGGCGCCGAGUUGUGCUGGAACGCCACAGAGGUCAGACGUCUCCUCGGCCGCUGACCCCCGACUCGCUGCACCGAGCUGGAGGUGACCCAGUGGGAGUUUUUGUACAGGGAUUUAAUAAAUGGGUUUGAAUUGCAUGUGGAGGCUUUUUUUUUUAAAUGUCACAUGCUCUUAAAAGCUCAUUUAUCCAAGUGAUUUUUUUCUUUUCUUUCAAUAAGUGACAUGUAUUUUUCUCACAAUGUUUUAUUUUGCCAUCCUUGUGUCUGCCCUCUGUUUAUUCUCUUCAUUAUUAUUGAAUGUAUAUAAUAAUAAAUAAACUGUUUGGUUUUUA